CACCAGAACAACACUCCAUUGUCGCUGCAGAAUGCCGAACGUCAUCGGGUACAUCGCGCUGCUAACAACAUUGUACGCCUCUCUGGAAGUCCAUGCCAAACGGGAAUAUAUACAGCCGAUCAGAACAAGCCCAGGACUUUAUUUCGACUACCUAGGGGAACUUAGAAUUAAGAACGGCCAAUUAAAUGUUUUAAUACCAAUAGAUAUAUCACACGUGAGUCCUCACAUAGCAAAUAUAAAAUCAGUAAUAGAAUCCGCCGAAAGAUUGUGUAAUCAAAUGGGCACAUUAGAACCGUCAGAAUGCAACAGCGUGCUGGAACCUCUGGCAAUACUGUACCAUAACAUGGUGCAGGAUUUCACGUCAAUCUCCCACCUUCUGGAGAACAGAAGUAGAAGGAGUGCAUGGAUAGGGGGAGGCGGAACAAUCCUCAAACACAUCUUCGGAACUUUGGACGAAGAUGACGGCAUUAGAUACAACGAGGCAAUAAAAACUGUACAAGGCGACCAAAAGAAGCUAGCUGCAUUAAUGAAAGAAAAUAUCCUUGUCACCACUUCAGUCAUAACGGCAUUUAACAAAACUUUGGACAGGAUCAAAAUUAAUGAAGCUAACUUAAUCACAGCUAUCGACAAGCUCUCCCUCGGUCUACAGAACAUAUCCAUUAAAACCGACGAAUUACUAAUCCGAAAUUAUGCAGACCAGAUUCUAAUAAAAUUAGAAACAGCUAUUUUACUUCUAUCAUUCCAGAUAGAAGACAUAGUUGCAGCUAUCCUUUUCAGUAGCCAGAAUUUAUUACAUCCAUCCAUUCUAAACCCCCGUAAGUUAUAUCAAGAGCUUGCCGAAAGUUAUCGCCACUUGCCCGAUGAUUCCAAAUUACCGAUUGCAUUAGAUUUAAGCUCGAUCCAUUUCAUUCUAAAUAUCUCUAAGAUAGCUAGCUAUUAUAUAGAUAAUAAGAUUAUUUUUGUACUACAAAUCCCUUUAGUUUCAACUAAGGAAUUUAUGUUAUUUCACGCUAUAGCCCUACCUACACCUCACAAUUCUGUUAAACUCGAUUCGUUUAGCCUGAUCAUACCAAGUUCAAAGCUUAUAGCAAUGACCAAGGACAAAAUGCACUAUUGUAACUUAGAAAACCUCAAUCAAUGUGUAAACCCCACGGUAACCGACUACGUUUGUGACGUCACCAACGUGUACGCGUCGGACGCUAAACCGUCAUGUGAAAGUGAACUCAUGACCAAGGUCAUCAGUGAAAUCCCAGUGCAGUGUGCAACAAAGUUCAUAUACGGAAAACUAGACAUAUGGAAAGCUAUCAUGGCACCUUCAGUGCAAGACAUUGAACUUGACAGACUUGACCAGGAAGUCAUACAGUUGCCCAGUAUCAGGUCCAGGAUUUAA